AUGCUUUAUAAUUAUGAUUACUUUUAUCAUUGUCAAUAUAUAAAUUCAUUUUAUGUAUGGGAUGAAAUUGUCAAUAAUACUGAUAAAGACGAUAGCGUAUACAAAGGUCCAUGUGCUAAUAUUAAAAUCAAAGGUCCAUAUGGAAAUAAAUUAUCUGAUGAAAAUAUAUGCAAACAAACUAUGUUAUUUCUCAAAGAAAUACGUAGUAUAGUAGACCUCAAGAGAGAAGUAAUUGGCUGUAAACACAUAUUUUAUUGGUUAUAUCAAAAAAUUCCUAAUGAACUAAAUAAAUAUGAAUUAACAAAAACAGCAUAUAACACAUUUGUUAAUCUAUAUAAAUCAUAUGUAGAAGAUGUAUGCACAAACUAUAAGGAAAUUAAUAUUACUAAUGAUGAAAUCGAUAAAUUAGAUAGUAUAUAUGAGUAUUAUACAUGUCUUAAUAUAAUAAAGAAAGUUAAUACAUGUUCAGAAGAUAUAAGAGCAUGCAUACUAAAAUUUAAUCUAUUAAACGCUAAGUAUAUGGAUAAUUGUGUAUCUAAUAAUAACCAAAAAUUUUGUGAGGAAUUAGUAUUUUUAAGCAAUCAGUUUAAUGAGAAAGUAAAAGCCUUAAAUUGUGCUAACACAGAACAUGUAUUGAUAUUUUCUUAUCAAAAGUCUAAUGCCAAAAAUCGCAUUAUAAUUGCAAUUGUUGUAGUAUUACUAACAUCCUUUCUUCUGGUAAAUCUAUAUAAGUUCACUCCAUAUGGUGUACUCUUGCGUCGUGUUCUAAAGGGUAGAACAAAUGUGUUCAAUAACGAAAAAGAAGAAUGGAAUAUAUUUCAACUACCUGAAAUAAACAACAGUGCAUCAGCGAAUAAUGUAUAUAACAUAACAUAUAAAUCUACCUAA